UUCGGAGCGCUGCCUUCCCCAGUCGUUCGCUCUCGCGCCGCCUGCCUCAGUGGCGGGCUGGAGGAGGGGGUCGCGCGCACGCGCGCGCGCGAGGCGGAGCAGCGCGAGGCGGCUGUCAGCAGAGCGCCAGGGCAACAAGUGGGUAAUUUUCCCGCCAGCAUGUCCCGGCGGCGGCUCCUGCCGUCCUCGAGGCGGGUGCUGCCGACGCCCCCCGCUCUUUGAGAUCUCGCCCCGGCCGGUGAGGAGAAGCGGCCGCCGGUGGAGGUGGCCGAGCCACCAGGGACACUCCUGCGAGGGGCGGAGGCGCCUCCGCCCAGCCCAGCCUUCCGUCCCUUUGCCUGGCCGGGACUGGGACCGGGACCAUCCCCCCGGGCCCCGCCAGCUCCCCUGAGGAGACUGCUCUGCUCCGCUCCGCUCCCCCCGGCGGUGAGGCGGGGAGAUCCGGCCCGCACGCGCCGCGGGGAGCAUCGCUGGCCGGCCGGAGCCCCCGCCCUGCCGCAGGGGCUGAGCGCGGCGGCAGGAUGGAGCCCGGCUGCUGAGGCCGUGGUGAGAAGCAUGGUGGAGCCGGAAAGCGCCACAGGAACAGCCGACGCGGAGCCCAGCUGUUGUCUGGCAAGAUAUGAGAAAUGAGUGUUGGACGCAGAAGACUAAGGCUGCUGGGAAUUCUGAUGAUGGUAAACUUUUUUAUUUAUGUGAUUGUGGAAGUCUCCAAAAGUGGUGGUCAAGAGAAGAAUACAAAAGGACAGGUUAUAAUACCCAGCAGCAAAUUCUGGAGGAAAUACACUCCUCACAAGGCCUAUUGGAACAAACAGCAACAGAAGCUGGAAUUCUCGUACAACCCCAUUUUGACCUUGCUUUCCAAUAUGACUGUGGAAGAAACCUUAAUUUCUAAUAUUAGUGUUCUGGUUUCCUGUGACCCUGAUCCAUCAGUAACUUCAGAGGUUAAUGACUUUGCAAAGUUGCCAGACAGAUUUAAAGACUUCCUGCUUUAUUUAAGAUGUAGAAAUUAUUCAUUAUUAGUGGAUCAACCAAACAAGUGCAAACAUAAACCUUUCCUGCUGCUGGCUAUUAAGUCACUUAUACCACACUUUGAUAGAAGGCAAGCAAUUAGGGAAUCUUGGGGUAAAGAAAUAAAAUCAGGGGAUGUAACAGUUGUAAGGGUCUUUUUGUUGGGACAGACCCCUCCAGAAGAUAACUUUCCUGACCUUUCAGACAUGUUGAAAUUUGAGAGUCAAACCCACCAAGACAUUCUUCUUUGGAACUACAGAGACACUUUCUUCAACUUGACUCUGAAAGAGGUGCUGUUUCUUAAAUGGGUCAGCAGCACGUGUCCAGAUGCCCAGUUUAUUUUUAAGGGGGAUGAUGAUGUUUUUGUGAAUACCCAUCAGAUCCUGGAUUACUUGAAGAGUUUAUCAAAGGACAAAGCCAAAGACUUAUUUAUAGGUGAUGUGAUCAAAGAUGCUGGACCUCAUCGAGAGAAAAAAUUAAAGUACUACAUUCCAGAAAGUGUUUAUGAAGGUUCUUAUCCUCCAUAUGCAGGAGGUGGUGGGUUUCUGUACUCUGGUGAUCUGGCAUUAAGACUGAACAAUGCAUCUGACCAGGUCCUCCUCUAUCCUAUUGAUGACGUUUAUACUGGAAUGUGCCUUCAGAAACUUGGGCUUGCUCCGGAAAAACACAAAGGCUUCAAAACAUUUGAUAUUGAAGAGAAACACAGGAAUAACAUAUGUUCCUACACAAACUUAAUGUUAGUACAUAGCAGAAAACCUCAAGAAAUGAUUAAGAUUUGGACACGCUUGCAGGAUCCACACUUAAAUUGUUAAAUGUUUAAAGUAACAUGCGGAAGUGUCUUCAAUUUAUUUUCCAAGAUUGGGUCUAAUUUCUUCACUGAACCAUUAAAAUUCCCCUUCGUUUUCACUUAAUGGUUUUUAAAGUUACUUCUCUUAAAAAUCAUUAGCUAGAAACAUUUGUCCAGUACUUCUAAAAGUAAAUAUAAUACUAGAAUAACAAAUUUCUGGGAGUAUGGCAUGAAGACUUAGUCCUAAUCUUUCCACUGCCCUAGCAGUUAUUAUGUUUUACUAUUUCAUCUACAAAUUUUAAAAUAGACUUCAGAAGUUAUAACUAAAAAUUCUUCAUUGAUUCAUGGUUAGCUAUCCACCAUAAUGUUGAAAGCAUGGAUUGCCCACUUUUCAUUGCUAGUGUAUCUUGUUUGUGGUGGUAGAAACUGUAAAACACUGACUUUUUUUUCCUAAGAAAACUUGUCUGUGUGAAAUAGCUUUUGUAACUUAAACAUUCAGAAAUUGGGAAAGUCGAAUUUUUACACAAAGUAAAAAAAAAAAAACUUUAAAAAUUA